AUGAACACUUCGACUGGUACUUCGUUGUCAGUCCUUAACAGCGCAGCUGAAGAUUUCAUAUUACAAAGACCUCCGGUAAGUAUCCCUUUGAUUACUAUCAGUAUUAAAUAUUCAUAUUUUUCAUAUGCUUAUCGAGCAAAGAAACAAGCUUUAUCCGGUCUUGUCAUCUGGGAAGGUCGGCAAAGAUUAAGCCUGGGUCAUGCCUCAUAUAAUAAUUUACCACGUCCUCCCAGGCUAGCUUACGAUACUUCCUCACAAGCUUUCCCUACUAUAAUGCCAAGGACACCUCCUCCAUCUCGACAGGUGUUUAAUAGACCUGACUAUGGACCUCCACAAAAUUACUCACAAUAUAGAAAUGAAAUAAAUACUACAUAUAGAGGUGGUAGUUCUCCUUCGAGAGGAUCAAGAACUACUAGCUUUGGAAGUAACACAAGUGGCAGUAGUCGUAUGAGUAUAGGUAGUCAGCAGGUACCGUCGUCUUUCUAUAACGAACGUAUAGAAAAGACGACAAGUUUUGAUGAUGAGGAUAGUGCGGGCGAGGAGACAAUGUCUUGUAAUUCACCAAUGUUCGAUGAAUAUGAUAAUCCUUUUGCUAUCGAUUCAAAUCUUGUGCAAGAAGUUUACUUAUUACGCAAGGAAAUUGAUGCGGUUAAAAAUAGUCUGGCAGGUUUACAAAAAAAUCGCGUGGAUACAUUGAACGAGAAAAAACAACUCGAACAACAAUAUCAGGAAGCCAAAAGUGAAGUUACAAGAACUUUAGAAACCAGUUUAAAUGAUUCAUUUUCAUGUAAUGAAUUAUUAAAUACUGAUGUCCAAAAACUUUCUUUAGAAUUAUCGGCUGGUAAUUCAGAUAUUAAUUUGGACAUUACUUCGGAGGAUAAUAAUAAUGAAUUAUCCCCAGAGUAUGAAAAUAUUAUGAAUGACUGUGUACAUUUGGCAAAAGAAUUAGAAUUAUCAAAAUCACAACUUGAAAAAAGUAAAAGUGACUUUCGUGAUCUUUUGACCGUUAAAGAAAAAAUUGAAAUUAGUUUUGAAACUCAAGAACGUGAAUAUCGUGCACGAAUACGACAUCAACAAUCAAAUGAAAGUGAUUCUCAUCAUAAAGGUCAUCAUAAAGGUCAUCGCAGUCAAAGUUCGCGAUCAUCAAUAUCAAGUUUUUUGGCACAACAAAGACAACAAUCUGGUAUGAGUUCUAUAACGCCACGUGAUACUCGCGGUCAUUCGAGGAGUCAUUCGAAACAGAAAAGUAUAAGUGGAUCGACGACUAUUAAUGCCACCGGUUCUGCAGGCUCAACUGGUUCAGGUAGUUGUCUUGAUGGAGAAAAACGAAAGUCAGGUCAAUUAACAGACAUUACACGAUCAAUAAAUCAAAUGGAACAUUAUCAUUCAUCCGAAUUGAUGCCAUCAUAUUGUUUAUCACCACCUCGGGUAUAUUUUAAGUUGUGA